CCAUCCAUCCGAACAUCGAAGUUGACACUGAUAGCAAACAAAAUAGAAAAAAAUGUCAGGGAGAGGAAAGGGAGGGAAAGGGCUGGGAAAGGGGGGAGCGAAGAGGCACAGGAAGGUGCUGAGAGAUAAUAUUCAAGGGAUCACAAAACCAGCCAUCCGCAGGCUGGCCCGUAGGGGUGGAGUCAAGCGUAUUAGUGGCCUCAUUUAUGAGGAGACCAGAGGCGUCCUCAAGAUCUUUCUUGAAAAUGUUAUCCGCGAUGCUGUUACAUACACUGAACAUGCUCGUAGAAAAACUGUUACUGCUAUGGACGUUGUUUACGCUCUUAAGAGACAGGGCCGCACUCUUUAUGGUUUUGGUGGUUGAUUUGUUUCUUUCUUCUUUUUUGUUUUCCCCAAGUUUGAAGGGUAGGGUCAUUUGUACUAAAUUUUUUGGUUGAUUCCAUUUUUGAAAUCUUCCACAUGUUUAUUAAGUUAAUAUAUGAAUUAGACCUUUUAGUUUUCUUAAAACUACUCUCUAUCUGUUUCAAAUGUUAGCAGUUAGAUUUGGAAUUCUUGACCAAUUGUAAUGAAGCCAUGUAUUCUAAUUAUUGCUGGUAUCCUAGUGCUCUUUUUGCCUUUUGCUGGGGGAAAAAAACACCCAGAGCAAGUCCA